CAUCCCUGGCCGGCACUAAUUGGCACAAACCUAUUGGUAUAGUCCCGUGUCUGUCGUGGACAACGGCGUCCUGUGCUUUCACACAAGGAGUUAUGAUGGGAUCCAUUCCCUGGACCCUAUUAGAGGAGGAGUACCAGUCCUAUGGCGAGGAUCUGUUGCAAGAGUUGCAGACAUUAAUACAUUCGCCAGAAAUUCACUCGAUUAGUAACCCUGCGUUCGACGCGGGCCGACAUUUCGCCCGUACUUUCCCUAAGAUAUUGGAUUCAAUACUUGAAUAUGAUUUUAGAAAUAUGUUUAAAUCGUCGGCCACUAAGAGUACAAAUAGCAACCAAAACAACGCUUCCAAUCGGUUUAGUAAUGUCGAGACAAAAGCCGAGACAAUGAAUAAGACGUUAGAUUUCAUGCGC